UCAUCACCACCAUUUGCUUUCUCUGACCAGGCCAAUACCACAAACCCACUUUAGUCUCUUUCUAUUUUGCCUCUUUCUGAGAAAUAUGGGCAAUGCAGCUUCCUGUACACCUUCCUUGAUGACAUCAAAUGGGGGAAUCAAGGUUUUAUCCUUAGAUGGGAGGCUAGAGUCCUACACAAGAGCGGUGAAGGCUGCAGAAUUAAUGCUUGAGAAUCCUGGGCAGUUUGUCUGUGACUCUAGUUUCCUCAAAGUAGGCCAUAGGAUUCAUGGGCUUCUGGCUGAUGAAGAGCUUGAGAGGAAAAAGUUCUACUUUCUUCUUCCCAUGGAGCUUCUUUACUCUGUUCUCACACAUGAGGAGAUAAGCUCUAUGAAUUAUAAAGCUUCUAGGGCUCUCAAGCAUGGAGGGUUUAACAAUCUGGGCAAGAUUUUUCCUGUCUGUAUGUUUCCUUCUGAAGCAGAGAGAUUGGAAGGUCAUGACGAUGAUGAUUAUAAGGUGGUUUGCGAGGGAGAGAAGGCUGAGAAAAGAAGCUUUUCAAAGCAGGGAUCCUGGAGACCUGCUUUGGAGACCAUUGAUGAAAUUCCCUGAGGGGGUUUUAAUGCACAUUAAGUUUUUAGGUUUUGGUAUUACUUGAACUUGGAAGUAGAUAUUCUUGAUACAUAUAUUGUAAGUUUAUAUUAGAUUUGUAUACAUAUAAUACUUUUUUUCUGCAACCUCCAUAGAUUUGGAGUUUUUCAUUCAGGAAAGUUGCAACGUUGGAUCUGCACAUUUCUGGGAAAUCCCUCUGGAUCUCAAUAUUUGUUGCAUUUUCUUCUCUACAUACACUCCCAUUCUUACUGUAU